CAUACUGAUGAAUAACAUCAGAAAAAAUUAUGUAAAUAAAUCGUGCUAACUAUUUAUAUGUAUAAAAAUUGAAUUUAUGAAACUUGAUUCAAUUACAUGUAAAAAGUUUUUCUUACACUAAUACAUCGAAAAAACGAAACCAACAACAACUACAUUCAAAUUCUUGUAACAAGUUUUUAAAGUACGCAAGUAAAAGAAAACGAUAAAAACAAAAAAAAAAUUACAAAAAGAAAAGUAAAAGUUUCCAUGUUUUCAUUGUGGAACUCGGUAUAUUUGCAAAGUUGACGAGAAAAACUUGUUUUUAGUUUUUUUUCUAUUUUUAUUUUUAUUUACAUAAAUUAACUUUUAUUAAAAAAAAAAGUCUAGUAUUUUUUUUUUAAACCGGGGAUUAAUACUCAUAUAUUUAUUAUUAUUUCCCCCAAAAUCAAUUUCAAGGGUACAAAAAAAAAAACUGAGGCGGUGAAUUUCAAACUUGUGAUAGUAAUAAAUAGAGAUAACUACCAUGACAAAGAUAUAUCAACAAAUAGUUGUAGCCUUUUUGGCUUUAACCGUUUAUGUGAAAGAUGUCACUUCAGCUGGUUGUCUAUCAGAAGUCGACGAUAUCGAUUACCCAAAGUCAAUUCGAUCAGAUCUCUACCGAGGAGAGCAAGCAUUUACUGUUUCUAUGCUUGAUGCUAUUAAUAAAGCUACACCCAAUGAAAACAUAUUCUUUUCACCAUAUAGUACGUAUCAUGCACUUUUGUUAGCAUACUUUGGGGCUCGAAAUGAAACCGAAGCCGAACUGAUCAAAGCCCUUAAUCUUAAUUGGCCAAAGAACAAGAAUCAUGUCAGACAAGCGUAUAUAGCCGAAAAAAAAAGUCGUAAGAUGCGAUCUGAUAAUAGUCCAAUUGAUUUUGCUUCUGCCGAUAGGAUUUUUUUCUCGAAGGAAGCUACAUUGCAUGAGUGUAUGCGUGAUAUUUUCUCCGAAGAGCUUCAAGUAAUGGAUUUCCGCUCAAAUCCAGAACAAUGUAGAAUGGAAAUAAAUAGUUGGAUUGCAAAUGUGACGAGGAAUGAAAUUCCUGAAGUACUUAAUGCUGGCGAUAUUGCUACGGACACAAAUUUAGUUCUUGGAAAUGCUGCAUACUUUAAGGGGCAAUGGGAAGCUAAAUUCGAUGCAAAAGAUACAACAAAGGAAGUUUUUUAUACUUCUUCAAAUAAGCAGACAUUUGUUGAUAUGAUGCAUAUAAAUGGAACAUACGCUUUAUCUGUCGAUGAGCGUCUACGAGCACAUGUUCUUGAAAUGCCCUACUUAAGUGACAAGAAAGGUGGUAUUUCCAUGGUUAUUAUCCUUCCACCUUUCGAACCAAACAGUUUGGACGAAGUUUUAAAAAGACUUACUCCUGAUACCUUGAACAUGGCUUUAAAAGAGGGCAUGGCAAGGGAGAUUGAGAUUUCGUUGCCUAAAUUCGAGUUUGAACAGAACAUAGAGCUAUUGCCUAUUCUUAACAAAAUGGGUAUCAAUCAACUUUUCGGACCUAACGCUGAUCUCAGUGGUUUCUCAGUGGACAAACAACUUUCGCUUGGAGAUGCUAAACAUGUUGCCAAAAUAAAGGUCGAUGAAGAAGGUAGUACAGCUGCUGCUGCAACAGUGCUCUUUAGUUUCCGAUCUGCUCGACCAAUUGAACCAACAAAAUUCGAAUGUAAUCAUCCAUUUUUAUUCCUAAUUUAUGACCAUAAGACACAAGCAAUACUUUUUACCGGAAUCUAUCGCGAUCCUAUGACACAAAAAUAAAAAUCUUUCCUUUUAUUUUUUUAAUUUAUAUUUUGAUUUAAGUUAAAUUUUAAUAGCAUGUUCGAUAGCAAAUCGUUCACUCACUGUAAAUAGAUUUUUUUUUUUUUAAGAAUUCUUGGUUUCCAAAUUCAAUUCACUAAAGUUUAAACUUGUAAUUUUGUCAAUAAUUUAAAAAACAUUAUAAAUAAAAUUAAUAAAAUAUAAAUGUUAUGACUUUUUUCUA